AUGGAAGAGACAGCAAAGGGAAAUGGGCCUACCACAGAUGCUGCUGAGAUCAAUGUGCUGGAGCCUAUUAGCAAUGAUAGAGGCGCUGACCACCAACCCAACAAAGACAGGGACCAGUUAGUACAGCAGAGAGAGGCAUUGAGGAGACAAUACAAUCAGUUAAUCUAUUCUAGGAGAUUUGUACCUUCUAUCAAACUCAACUCAAUAAAAUUGAAGAUAGAUCAGCUUGAUUUGGCGUUGGAUCCUGAAUCUAAUAGAUUGUUGAAUUUACAGUUUUCAAAGAGUUAUCAGCGAUCGAAAUGGAUUGAAGAUGAAAAAAAGUUACACAAUUUAUUAAACAAGAUUAAUUUUAACAAUUUUAACGAAAUUUUAUAUCCUUUGAUUAAUGAUUUAAACUUGAUUAAAUUGAAGGGGUUAUUUGUGGAUAUAUUAAUAAAAAAUCAAAUAAAUUCAAAUUUUUUCACCAAAAUAUAUUCAUAUCUUGUAUCAAUAAUAAACUGUAAGAUUCCAUCGAUUGGUAAUUUAUUGAUAUCAAGGUUGAUAAUUAAUUUUCGGAAAUUUUUCAUUAAAGACGACAAGUUCAAAGUUAUAUCAAUAAUAAAGUUUCUAAGUGAAUUGUUUAAUUUUCAAAUUGUUAAUGAGGUUUUAAUUUAUCAAAUAUUAUCAUUGUUAAUCAAUGACAAUUUGGAUAAUUUAUCAAAUGAUUCGAUAGAGAUAUCGAUCAAUUUAAUUAAAGAAAUUGGAAACUAUUUGGUUUAUAAAGAUAUUAAAAUGUUAAACUACUUUUUAAAAAAAUUAAGAAUCAUUUUAUUAAUGUAUUCAACUGGAUCAACCAAGGAUAAUAUUUAUAAUAUUAACUUGAAUAAUAAUAAGGAUAAAAGAGAUCAAAAGGGCAAUGGAAAUAAUAGUUUCAAAUUGAGUGGAAAAAAUCAAUAUUUAAUUGAAGAAUUGUUUCAAAUUCGAAAGGAUAAUUUUUCCAAAUUUCGCAGGUUUCCCAAAGAAUUAGGUGUUUAUAACGAAAACAGUAAUUCUAAUGGCGAUGAGAAUAAUAAUUUGAUAAUAAUUGAUGAAAGUGAACAAAUUUGUCAUUUAAUAAAUUUAGAUGAUAAGAAUUUAAAGAAUGAAAUGGAGCUAAAUUAUUUCGAAUUUGAUGAAAAGUACAAAGAAAACGAAGACUAUUAUGAAGAAUUUAAAAGCGAAGUAUUGGAUGAUUUAGGGUUACCUGAUGAGAAAAUAGAAGAAGAAAGCGAUGAAAAGGAAGAAAAGAAUGAAAAAGAAGAUCAAGAUAAUAUCAGUGAUAAUGAAGAUGAAAAACAAAAACAAAAAGAAAAAGAAAAAGAAAUUGAAGUUAAAGAUGAAGGAAAAUUUGAGGAUUUGACCGAAAAUGAAAGAUUAAGAUUUCAAAAAGAUGUUUAUCUUACAGUGAAGGCCUCGAUAACUGGGGAUGAAGCUGUCCAUAAGAUGAAUAAAUUAAUUAACAAGUAUAUUUAUGAGCUUUACCAUGAGCAGGGACAUGAAAAGAGUAAUAAAAUAAACAAUGGGAAUUACUAUAAUUAUAAUGGUAGUAAUAAUCGAUUUUAUGAACGGAAUUCCAAUUCCAAUUUUAAUUCUAACAAUAAUAACCGAUAUGGGAAUAUUGAUAAAGAAUUCAAGGAAGAAGGAUUUAAUUUAUUUGUUUAUAAUGGUAUUGAUAUAAUCAUCAAAACAUGUGGGCAAGAAAAGACAUAUGAUAAAUAUUUUGGGAACAUUUUGGAGAAGUUUAUUGAAUUACGAAAUUAUAGAAAUGAGGAAAUAUUUUUAAAAGUGGUUAAAGAGAAUUUGAUUGAUAAGAUUGACGAAGAUUCUUUAAAUGAUAAUGGAAGUAUUAAUAAUAAUUAUUUGAAAAAUGUUGGAAAACUAAUUGGACAUUUGAUUAGUUUUAAUAUAAUCAAAUGGGAAAAUUUUUUUUUGAUGAUUGAAAUCAACGAUAAAUUAAAUGAGAGUUUGAAGAGAAUAUUUAUUCGGUUUUUGUUCGAAGAGAUAGUUGAGGAGAUUGGGGUUAAAGUGUUGAAAGAACGGUUGGACGAAGAAGAAUUGAGACCAUAUAUAACUGGGUUAUUUCCUAGCUUUAAGUAUAAAAAGGAGGAUAUAGUGAAAAUGGAAGAUAAAAGAAACCAGUUUAGAAGGAAAGAAAGAAAAGAUAAAGUUGAAGAGAAAGAAGAGAAGGAAAAAAAGGAAGAAAAUAGUAGUGAAGAGGAAGAUGGUGAGGAAGAUGGUGAGGAAGAGGAAGAAGAUGAGGAAGAGAAAUUAAUCAGAAGAUUGACAUUUUGUAUCAAUUAUUUUACAGCAAUUGGAUUGGGUGUAUUGACAGAAAACAUGAGAGAGGAAUUAGAUGAGGCUCAAUUGAGACGAGAAAAAGAAAGAGAGCUACAAGAACAGGAAGAGGGAUGUGAAAAUGGUAAUAGUCAAAGCGAAGGUGAGAGUCAGAAUGAAAGUGAUAAGAAUAGCAAUAGUGAUAGUGAUAGUGAUAGUGAUAGCGAUGGUGAUAGCGAUGGUGAUAGCGAUGGUGAUAGUGACGAUUUUGGAGUAAGCAUGAGUGAAAACGAGAGUGAUUAUGACAGAAGAAGACACGAAAGAAGAAGCAGUGACAGUGGUAGCGAAGCUGAAAGAAAAAAGUGGAACCCCAGAGGUAGAUCGAGAAAUCGAGAUGAUGUUGGACCAGGUCGAGAGCGAAGUGCGAGAAUUUACCAGCAGCAGAACCAAAGCAGAUCAGUGUUGCAGCGAAGAUCCAGGUCGCCAUUGCAAAGAGACCCCUCAAGAAGAAGUUACUCCAGGAGAAGAAGCUAUUCCAGAGGAAGAAGCAGCAACCGACGUGUGUACCGAGCUCCUCCCACACAGCCCAGGGCAUUUCGGCAGCGAGAGCACCGAGAUAGACGCUCCAUGUCGCGUUCCUGGUCACGCAGCCCCUGA